CUUGCCUUAUCUCUUUCUCUCCCUCCCUCUUUCUCUCUCGCUCCAUUUCUCCAUUGUGCUCAGAGGCAAUGGCUCAAAAAUCAGUUAGAGUCACUAGGAAUUUUAGUGCUUCUUCAGCUGUUAUGCCAGGAAGCCGAACUGGCUAUAGCACUGUUUCAGUAUCCCGGGGAGGUGGUGCAGGCUUUGGACGCGUCGGAGGGGGCUUUGGCAGCAGAAGCCUCCACGGUUUAGGAGCAAGUAAAAGAAUUUCUGUUGGUGGCUUUCGUACUGCCAGAUCCGGAUAUGGCUACGGCUUGGGUCAUGGAGGAGUUGGGUACAGAAUCGUCAGUGGGUAUGGUGGCUAUGGAGCAGGAGCUGGUGGCAUCCAUGAAGUUACUGUCAACCCAAGCCUCCUGGCCCCUCUUAACUUGGAGAUAGACCCAACCAUCCAGAAAGUUCGCAAGGAGGAGAAGGAACAGAUUAAGACUCUCAACAACAAAUUUGCUUCCUUCAUUGACAAGGUUCGUUUCCUGGAGCAACAGAACAAAGUGCUAGAGACUAAAUGGAGCCUCUUACAAGAGCAAAAAACGACCCGGCACAACAUUGAGCCCCUAUUUGAGGCGUACAUCAAUAAUCUUGGAAGGCAGCUGGACAACCAUGUGGGAGAGAAACAACGAUUAGACUCAGAACUGAAGAAUAUGCAGGAUGCCGUGGAGGACUUCAGGAUCAGGUAUGAAGAAGAAAUCAACAGGCGCACUGCUGCAGAGAAUGAGUUUGUGGUGCUCAAGAAGGAUGUGGAUGCUGCCUACUUGAACAAGGUUGAGCUGGAGACCAAAGUGGAUUGCCUCACUGAUGAGAUCAAUUUCCUGAAAGCUCUCUAUGAUGCAGAAAUAGCUCAACUGCAGUCACAAAUUUCUGACACCUCUGUCGUUCUCCAAAUGGACAACAGCCGAAACCUGGACCUCGAUAGCAUCAUUGCUGAGGUCAAAGCUCAGUAUGAAGACAUUGCCAAUAGAAGCAGGGCUGAGGCAGAAUCCUGGUAUCAAAGCAAGUAUGAAGAGUUGCAGCUCACAGCUGGCCGACAUGGAGAUGACUUGCGCAACACGAAAACUGAGAUUUCAGAGAUGAACCGCAUGAUUCAAAGACUCCACUCUGAGAUUGACAAUGUGAAAAAACAGUGUGCCAGCCUUCAGACAGCCAUUGCUGAUGCGGAGCAGCGGGGCGAGCUUGCCCUUAAAGAUGCCAGGAUAAAGCUGGCCGAACUGGAAGAGGCUCUAUUGAAGGCCAAGGCUGACAUGGCCCGUCAGCUGAGGGAGUACCAGGAGCUGAUGAAUGUCAAACUAGCCCUAGAUAUUGAGAUUGCCACGUACAGGAAGCUGUUGGAAGGAGAGGAGAGCAGGCUGGCUGGAGAGGGUGUUGGUGCAGUAAAUAUAUCGGUGGUCCACUCCUCCGGAGGAAUGAACUAUGGUGGUGGAAGUGCUGUUGGCCUUGGGACAGGGAUGGGCCUCGCAGGCGGAACCAGCCUCGGCUAUGGAGGCGGCCUCAGCGUCGGCGGAAGCAGCUUCAGCUCCAGCAGUGGGCGGGGGUUAGUUGGGAGCAUGGGCUCAGCCAGGGGAGCCACUUCCAGUAUGAAAAUUGUAUCCAAAACCUCCACCUCCAGAAAGAGUUACCAGAGCUAAAAACUUCAGCUAAGAUCCGGGCUGCCCCUGGGGUGGAGUGGGCAAUGUAGAUGUGAUGUCAUCAGACAAAUGGGUUAGAACUGGUUUGUCACUAAAUUCCAUAAAGUCUGUAGGAUGCGGGAUGUGAUUUAAAUGGGAGGGUGAGCAGGGAGACUGAACUGUUCCUCCCAUCCACGCUUUUCUUCCUGAAACCACUUCUCCUUGGAUAGGUGGUUUCCCCCCGCCCCUCCCUAUUGGAGUUCCAAGACCGGAAGCAAACUCUGCCAAGAAAAAAUGGUGCAGGGGAGAAGUGGUUUCUGAGAGGGGAAGGUGCCAAAGCGAGAAGGGUUGCAUCCUCUUGCUCCCAAGUGCUGCCCUUUCAAUAUUCCUCCCUCCAUUUUUAUAAGAAUCUGACACAACCUCUAUCCGACAUACCAGGCAUGUUGCCGUCACAUCUAACUUGCCCCUCCACCCAUACCUGCAGACUUUGUACGUCUCCUCACAAGUCCAAAGGAGUUAGCCAUGUUAAUCGGCAGUAGCAAAAUAGCAGAGUCCAGUAGCACCUUUAAGACUAACCCACUUUAUUGUAGCAUAAGCUUUC